UGCGGCCGGGCCCGGCUCCUCCCGGCGUGCUGCGGCGGAACGGCUGUUGAGCUGCGCGGGGUUCAGGUCCCCGGCUGGUUGGUGACUCCCGUGCUCUGCUUCUCCCCACUGAGCUGCUGCCUGGUGAAGAAGAAGCCAUGGCACUCCGGGUCACCAGGAACGCAAAAGUUAAUGUGGAAAAUAAGGCGAAGAUCAGCAUGGCAGGCGCAAAGCGCGUGCCUCUGGCCACGACUGCGGCCUCCAAGCCCGGGCUGAGGCCGAGAACAGCCCUCGGAGACAUUGGUAACAAAGUCAGCGAACAACCACAGGCCAAAUUGCCUCUGAAAAAGGAAGCAAAAACUUUGGUUCCUGGAAAAGUUAUUGCUAAAAAACUAUCUAAACCUCUGGAGAAGGCACCCGAACCUGUGCCAGAACCUGAGCCAGAACCUGAGCCCGUUAGAGAAGAAAAACUUUCGCCUGAACCUAUUUUGGUUGAUACUCCCUCUCCAAGCCCAAUGGAAACAUCUGGAUGUGCCCCUGCAGAAGAAUAUCUGUGUCAGGCAUUCUCUGAUGUAAUUCUUGCAGUGAAUGAUGUGGAUGCCGAAGAUGGAGCUGAUCCAAACCUUUGUAGUGAAUAUGUGAAAGAUAUUUAUGCUUAUCUGAGACAACUUGAGGAAGAGCAAGCCAUCAGACCAAAAUACCUACUGGGUCGUGAAGUCACUGGAAACAUGAGAGCUAUCCUUAUUGACUGGCUAGUACAGGUUCAGAUGAAGUUCAGGUUACUUCAGGAGACCAUGUACAUGACUGUUUCCAUUAUUGAUCGGUUCAUGCAGAAUAAUUGUGUGCCCAAGAAGAUGCUGCAGCUGGUUGGUGUCACUGCCAUGUUUAUUGCAAGCAAAUAUGAAGAAAUGUACCCUCCAGAAAUUGGUGACUUUGCCUUUGUGACUGACAACACUUACACUAAGCACCAAAUCAGACAGAUGGAAAUGAAGAUUCUAAGAUCUUUAAAUUUUGGUCUGGGCCGCCCUCUACCCCUGCAUUUCCUUCGGAGAGCAUCUAAGAUCGGAGAGGUUGAUGUUGAGCAACAUACUUUGGCCAAAUACCUGAUGGAACUAACUAUGUUGGACUACGAUAUGGUGCACUUUCCUCCUUCUCAGAUUGCAGCAGGAGCUUUUUGCUUAGCACUGAAAAUUCUUGAUAACGGUGAAUGGACACCAACUCUACAGCAUUAUCUAUCAUACACUGAAGAAUCCCUUCUAAGUGUUAUGCAACACCUGGCUAAGAAUAUAGUCAUGGUGAAUCGUGGGCUUACAAAGCACAUGACCAUCAAGAACAAGUAUGCCACAUCUAAGCACGCAAAGAUCAGCACGCUGGCACAGCUAAAUUCUGCACUAGUUCAAGAUUUAGCCAAGGCUGUGGCAAAGGUGUAACUUGUAAACAUGAGUUGGAGUACUAUAAUAACUGCAAAUAAAAUUGGCACCAUGUGCCAUCUGUACAUACUAUAUGUUACCUUUACUGACUUUUAAUAAAGUUUGUGGUCCUUUUUACUUAUACCUUAA